AUGGCUCAAGAUGCGGUACCUGCCGCCAACGCGAUUGCAGCAAACGCUGUUGUAGCGUUUAUUGAAUACUCGGAGUACAACGGAUACAAGAUCAUUAUGCCAAAGCAAUUCUCAUCUAACGACUCUAACCUGCUCAGGGAACUGCAGGUUUAG